CGCGCAAAGGAUACCACACUCCCAACCAGCCGCUUCUUUCUCUCCUCCCUUUCUUCUACCUCCCUCCCUCCCAUCCUCGAUUCUCUCUCUGCUUAGCUAGCCUCUCUCCUCCCCCGGAUCCUACCUAAUAAACUAACCAGAGGGCAGGCAGAGUUAUAGAGAGAGAGAGUACUGAGAGGAGGGAGAGACGCAGAGCAAUCGAGCUGGCCAUGGAGCCUGGCCCCGACGCGCCAGGCGGCGGUGGGACGACGAGCGCGCCGGCGGAGGCCGGGCCGUCGUCCUCUGCCGCCGCCAAGGCCGCGUCGUCGAGCCGGCAGGCAGAGCAGGAAGCGCCGCAGCAAGAGGGAGCGCAGAGGCAACAGCCGGCAGGAGGAGGGGCAGCGGCUCAGCAGGAAGCGCCGCCCCAGCCGCAGCCGCAACCGCUGGCGCAACAGCCGCCGCCGCCCGCGGGGCUCAGCCGGUACGAGUCGCAGAAGCGGCGCGACUGGAACACGUUCCUCCAGUACCUGCGCAACCACAAGCCGCCGCUGACGCUGGCGCGCUGCAGCGGCGCGCACGUCAUCGAGUUCCUCCGCUACCUGGACCAGUUCGGCAAGACCAAGGUCCACGCCGAGGGCUGCGCCUACUUCGGCAAGCCCAACCCGCCGGCUCCCUGCGCGUGCCCGCUGCGCCAGGCCUGGGGCAGCCUCGACGCGCUCAUCGGCCGCCUCCGCGCCGCGUACGAGGAGUCCGGCGGCCGCCCCGAGUCCAACCCCUUCGCCGCCCGCGCCGUGCGCAUCUACCUCCGCGAGGUGCGGGAGGCGCAGGCCAAGGCGCGCGGCAUCCCCUACGAGAAGAAGAAACGCAAGCGCGGGAGCGCCGCCGCCGCCCCUCCCGUCGCGCCGCCUCCUGUUGUGACCGCAGAGGGCGCGGGGUCGUCGGGAGGCGCCGACGAGGAGGAGGAGGAGGGCGAACCGUCGCCGUCCGGUGAACCACAACAGAACACACCGCCAUCCUCGGCUCCUCCUCCUCCUACAAGUGCUUCCAGUGCUAGUGCAACUACUAGUACCAGUGCUGCUGCGACGACGACGACGACAAGAAAGGAGGCACAAGGAUCCGCGCCGUGUUCGUGAUAAGUGCAGAUCAUCUGCAUACCCUUUUGAUUCCGAUUCAUCACUUCGAUCGAUCCCAAUUCUAAUCCCCACCUCCAUCUUAAAAUUUUUAUUUGCUUAUUACUAUUAUUAUGAUAUUGGUUGUUGGUAUAAGAGAGGUCUUAGGGGAAUUUGUAGGAUCAUGUUAGGAGCUAGUACAAACUAUAUAAGAAAACAUCCAUAUCAGUUAACUUCAAGAAAAUUUCAUUUGCAGGACGUAGAGAAAGAUAACCCCUCUCUGCUCUACAUCUCAGAUAUGAUGUCUUUAUUUCAUCAUACAUAUUCAUGAUGCAUAUAUGCUCAAGCUUUUACUGCUUGCUGAUUUAAUUUGAGUGGCAUGGGCCGGGGUCACAUUGAUUUGGAUUUCUAGCUAGUAUAUAUGAUGUGUGUUCCUUCUUAUAUUAACAACUAAUAAUCAUGAUUGUGUCGUUAGUGCAGCCUGUGAUGACCCUUAUCCAUUUUUUUAUUCCCUUAGUUUUCCCUCCAUUUUCUAGGUCCCAUUCAGAUUCACAUUAUAUUUCAGUCGUCUCAGAUGGCACUAUCGUUGGAGCGGACAACAAAGGGUCCACACCACACACACACACACAUAUUAUUUGUACAGUAGUUGUUGAACCUACGGUGUUAUAGAGUUUUAUACAACAUUAGUUGCGAUGUCCCGCUUGCAAAAGGAAAAGAUUUGAAAGGAUUUUCAUGUUGACUUCACAGAAAAUGAUCAGCGCCCCUAACUAGCAUACAUUUUUAAUUUAUUUGUUUAUACAUAUGUAGAAAAGAAAAAAGAUGUAAGCAUACACCAAAGUUGCACAUCACAUGUCGGCAUCGAUACGAUAUAUCUGAAUUAAAUGUGCAUACAUAACAUAAGCUUCUCGAAUCCAAAUAAUUGCUUCUCUUGUCAUCUUCUUUUCCAAGUGCAAUGAUGUCUCUCUCGUCGCGUUCUCUUUCGGUUUCGUUCCAUUUUUGUUUUCGGGUCAUCUCAUCGUCAUCAUCUUUGUUCUGGUUGCCAGCACGAUGAUAUGUCAUGUUGUCUUCAUCAAUUUUCUACCUGUAUUUGGAGUUUUCGUCAUAAUGAUUCGCCAACGGUAUCGUGUAUCAGGGGCUUUUUUUAUAAAGAGCCUUUUACUUUGAGAUUUUUCUUAUUACAUAGUGAGGCUGAUUUUCUAUGAAUGUCUAUCGUACAUAAAACAUAUGCAAUUGUCUUUGUAAAGAAUUGAAUAGCUGCCUAAAUGAGAUAGCUAUACGUUUA